CGAAUCUCGCGAUAACUGGCCCUCUGUGACGCGCCUGGCGCUAGGGGCUUGUAGUAAAUGUGAAAGUUAAUGUUGAUCUGUAGAAUAAGUGCUGGACUGAUAUUAGCAGACGUUUAUAACACGGUGGCGGUUCUUUCGCAGCCAUGAGGCGAAGUAAGGCGGACGUGGAGCGCUACAUUUCUUCAGUCGAGAGUCUCUCUCCUUCUCAAAAAGAGAAACCAACGAAGGGAUUUUUAUUUGCCAAAUUAUAUUUUGAAGCCAAGGAGUAUGAACUUGCUAAAAGACAUGUAUCAGCGUAUUUAACAGUUCAGGUCAGAGACCCCAAAGCUCAUCGAUUCCUUGGUCAACUUUAUGAACUAGAUGGUGAAAUUGAAAAAGCUGUUGGUUGUUACAAGCGCUCGGUGGAUCUGAACCCAGCCCAGCGUGACCUGGUUCUGAAAAUAGCUGAGCUGCUGUGCAGUAAGCCGGAGUUUGACAGCAGGGCAGAAUUCUGGGUCGAGAAGGCGGCAAAACUUUUGCCUGGUCACCCUGCGGUCUUUGACCUAAAGGAGAAAUUGCUGAGCGCACAGGGGCAGAAAGGCUGGAAUCAGCUUUUUGAUCUACUGCAGUCUGAGCUCCAGCUGCGCCCUUCUGAUGCCCACGUUAACCGGAGACUGGUGCAGCUCUACUGCCUGGAUGGACGUUUGGAAGAAGCGGCUAAGCACUGUCUAGCUGUGGAAAGUGCUGGUGUCUUAAGACACAGUCUAGACUGGUACACCACUGUUGUCCACACUCUUAAGGAAUAUGUGACUCAACCCAGUGUGUCUUCUAAUGAGAAGACCUAUCGCAAGUUCCAAAAGGAGCUCUUACUGGCUCACAGUAAUCUGCUGAGGCUUACACUUUCUGAAAAAGAUUGCAAGGAAGGUGUGACUGCACUUCAGAUUUUUGACCAAGCUAUGCAGUCUUUAAAGAACACUGCAACAAAAGCUAUGGAUGAGCUCCUGGAGGUGUUCACAGAAAUGAGAGCUCAUCUGUAUCUUUAUGCUGGAACCCUGCUGCUGAAAAUGGCUGUGGAAAAAGAACAGCAGUGGCGAGCUGUCGUUGAUUUAGCAGCCCUCUGUUAUCUUCUGGCUUAUCAGGUUCCAAGACCAAAGAUAAAGCCUGAGAAAGGUGAACGUGCAUCACUGAAACCUCUAGAGUCUUUAGCUUGUUAUCGUCAAAGCCAAGCAGGUCACAUGCUGCUGAAUCUGAAGCAGGAGUUGGAGCCAUUUUUGAAGGAGGUGGUGGAGGUGUUCGGGAACAGAAGCGGACACGACACCCUGUUUGAGAGACUUUUCAGUACACAAUCCCCUGUGGAUCUCUCGUUCAUUGGCAAUGACAACAUCUCCUCCAUCAGCACACAGUCACCGGACAUACAAGAGCUGGCGAAGUGGGACUGUGGUUCCAUCUUGCACUGUGGGGAUUUACAACACCUAACAUGGCUUGGAUUGCAGUGGUCAAUGAUGGGCCAGAAACCUGCAGUGAAAGACUGGCUCAAGCAAAUCUUUCCUCGUCUCACUCUGGAGACUUUCAAACUGGACACCAACACUCCAGAGUCAAUCUGUCUGCUUGACCUUGAGGUGUUUCUGUGUGGUGUGGUGUUCACAAGUCACACUCAACUGCAAGAAAUGGCAAAGAUUUCUGCGUCUUCACAGCUGCAUGAGCCAAGAUGUUUACCAUUGCAGCUUAUGAAACUCUUGUCUUCAGAGAGACAGCGAGAGUGGUGGGAUGCAGUCUACAGCCUCAUUUAUAAAAAAGCAAUACCCAAUACAUCUGCCAAACUGCGAAUGAUUGUCCAACAUGGUCUGAGCACACUGCGAGCAAGAGAGAAGCAUGGUCUUCAGCCUGCACUGCUCAUCCACUGGGCCCAACAUCUUAGUGUAAUGGGUGAUGGUGUGAACUCCUACUAUGACCAAAAAGAAUAUCUGUCCCGUAGUGUGCAUUACUGGAAUGUCGUACUCCCCUUGCUCGAGAAAAUUGAAAAGAGACGCAGAAUUCCUGAACCUCUUGAUCCGUUAUUCAUGCAUUUUACUAGUAAGGACAUACAGGUUUCUGAAAUUAAAAGCUAUGAAGAGGGGGCUAUGAUUGCAUUCGCUACUCUUCUUGACAUUGAAGGCAAAACAGAUCAGGCGAUCUUGAAGCUUGAGAAGCUCAACUGCAUCUCUUCCUACUGGCAUCUUGCUCGGAUCUAUCAGAGACUUUCUGAAGAGGCAGGAAAUGGAAUUGAGGAAACGCAAGACAUGUGCAUCAACUUUCUCCAGCAGUUUAAGAAGUACUUGUCAAAGGUCUACCAUGCCAGUGCAGAUGACAUGGAGAAGCUGCCUGUGUCACUAGAGGAAAUUAUGGACUUGCUCAAUGAUGUCAAUCAGCAGCUUGGAGAGUGUGGAGAUGCUGUGGAUGGAAUUGAUGAAAGACUUCCAAUGACUUCAAGCCCACGAUCACGAAGAGAACCUGCUGUGGCUGCUUCUAAUAAAUUCUCAAUGUCCUCUCCAGCCAAAAGUGUACUCUCCCCCUCUAAGAGAUCAGUGUUUUCUCCCAAAACUCCACCUCACUGGGCGGAGGAUCAGAAGUCACUUUUGCAGAUGCUCUGUCAACAAGUCGAGGCCUUGAAGAAUGAGGUUCAUGAUCUGAGGCACACUUCAUCGAGUUCAGAGUCCCCAUUUCAUCGAGUGUAUGAAGGGAAUUACACAGCGGAGGCGUUUCAGGAGCCCUUUUCAACGGCACAGUCAUUUCACGGAGUGCCACUUACUGUUGCCACUACAGGGCCUUCAGUAUACUACAACCAAUCCCCAGCAUAUAAUUCACAGUAUCUUCUUCGCACUGCUGCUAAUGUAACACCAUCCAAGGCCCCUGUCUAUGCAAUGAAUCGUCUCCCUCAGCCACAUAUGUAUGCCUACCAGCAGCCAACACACACACCACCUCCUCAAACAGCAGCAUGCAUGUACCCUCAAGAUCAGGUUUUUGGUACCCCGCUUAGGUUUGAGUCGCCAGCUACAAGCUUGCUGUCCCCAUACAAUGAAGAAUACAGCAGUCAUAAUGUUUCUCAACCAUCUACCAAUCCGUCGUUGCCAGAGCCUGGGUACUUCACUAAGCCACCUGUAAUACCUGCUCAGUCCUGUAAGAGCGGUGAAGGCAAGUCAGUGGACUUAAAGAUGAACUUUGGUCCGCAAAUUACAGCUGAAACUUCUAAGGUUGGCCCUGGAGCUGCCUCCCAAACUCCAGCAGCAGCUGCUUUCAAGUUCAAUUCGAAUUUCAAAUCUAAUGAUGGUGACUUUACUUUCUCAUCUGCAGAGGUGAAAAGAAGUGAAAGCCUUUUGGGACUUCUAACCUCAGAUAUUCCUCCCCGAACCGAAGGCCAUUCAGCCCUACUGUCUCAGUCGCAAGACCCAGCAUCAAGUCAUUCUGAGGUCUUUACUUUUAGGAGUAAAAAUGGUUUUACAUUUGUUGAUGGGGCACAGGGUAAAACAACUGGAAAAUCUGACCAAGCAUUUGACUUGGCAAAUGUGAGCAAGCCAGUGACUCAGGAGGAAAGUGAUGAGAAAUGUGUCGAAAGCGAUGACAGUACCCAUGUUGAAGAGGAUGAGGAUGGUCCCCAUUUUGAACCCAUUGUUCCUCUGCCCAAUAAAAUUGAUGUAAAAACUGGGGAGGAGGAAGAAGAAGAAAUGUUCUGCAACAGAGCAAAACUCUUCCGCUUUGAGACAGAAACAAAAGAAUGGAAAGAAAGAGGCAUUGGUUCUAUCAAAAUCCUGAAGCACAAAACAUCAGGUAAAUAUCGAUUGUUGAUGAGGAGAGAACAAGUUCUGAAAAUAUGUGCAAAUCACUACAUCACUGCAGACAUGGUUCUGAAACCAAAUGCUGGGUCCGAUAAAUCAUGGGUGUGGCAUGCUAUGGACUAUGCUGAUGAAAUGCCAAAGACUGAACAACUGGCUAUUCGCUUUAAGACUGCAGAUGAAGCAGCAUUAUUCAAACAAAGAUUUGAGGAAGCUCAGAGAGCUAUACUUAAACAUCCAAAAAUUCAAAGUCAAAUGAAGGAACAUGACUCCAAGCCUUCUGUCUUUGAGGACUCUAGAAAAAAAGUUGAUCUGAAAACCCUUUUUGCAAAGAAGGAAGGUGAAUGGGAUUGCAAUGUCUGCUGUAUAAGAAAUAACGCUUCAUCUAAAGAAUGUGUUGCUUGUAGCAAUCCUAAUCCUUCUGUUGAUUCAAAAUCUCAAAGUAAAUCAGCUGAAGGAUUUAAAAGUACUGCUGCUCCCCAAGCAGGACCGUUUCAGUUUGGACUUAGUUCUAAGGAUGACAGUGAUGGUGCCAGCUUCAAGGCAUUUGGACCGCAGAGUCUCUUUUCCUUUAAAUUUGAAACACAGCCAACUGUUACUCCGUCCAGCCAGGGUGACACAAAGUCUGGUCAUUUAGAAGCUUCAGCCGAUCGUCCUAUGUCUGUGCAGAGUUCAGAUUCCGCUGUCCAGAAACCUAGUAGCUCUACCGGUGUUCAAGGAUUUUCAUUUAGUCCUGAAUGGAGUGCUCAGUUUGGUAUGAAACCAGGACAGUGGAAUUGUUCCACAUGUGCAGUGAGGAAUGAGGCUUCCACAAGCAUUUGUGUUGCAUGUCAAACCUUAAAUCCGAAAAACACGGCUGCUCCAGAAUCUACCACUCUGUCUAUGGCUUUUCCAAGUAAAUUAAAGGAAAGUGAUUCGAACAAAAAUGCUGAUCUGAAAACCCUUUUUGCAAAGAAGGAAGGUGAAUGGGAUUGUAACGUCUGCUGUGUAAGAAAUAAGUCCUCAUCUAAAGAAUGUGUUGCUUGUAGCAGUCCCAAUCCUUGUGGUGAUUCAAAACCUGCAAUGAAACCAGCCGAGGGAUUGAAAAAUACUGCUGCUCCCCAAGCAGGACCCUUUAAAUUUGGACUUGUUGAAAGUGCUAAGGAUGCUAGCUUCAAGGGAUUUGAAUCCCAAAUUCCCUUCUCCUUUAAAUUUGAAAGUCAAGGUGAUUCAAAAUCUCAGCAAAGUUCAAAUUUCUCUAACCAAAAACUGAACAGCUCUUCAAGUAUUCCAAGUUUUCCCUUUGGGCCCAAACAGUCUGUUAGCUCUGUCAGCUCAUUUACCUCUGAACUUGAUAAGUUUGCCAAAAAAGUGGGUCCGUGGGAUUGUGAUACCUGUUUGGUCAGGAAUGAGCCAGCUGCAACAAACUGUGUUUCUUGUAAAGCACCAUGUAGCAGCAGAAAUAAUGAAGCACAGUGGAUUUGUGAUGCCUGUCUUGUCAAAAAUGAAGGCACAUCUGGUCAUUGUGUGUCCUGCCAGAAACCUAAUCCAAAUGUAGACACCACUAAGGUCACAGUAGCAGCAGCACCCUCCUCAUUUAAGUUUGGUACUGACCAUCAGGCUAACCAUCCUGCAAGUACAGGGGUUACGUUAGUUGAAAAGUCUUCAAGCAGUUCAAAAUUCUCUUUUUCAGUGCCACCAGAGUUAACUAGUGAAUUCAAAUUUGGUCUAAAGGGACCUGAAUCAAAACCAUCUGACAGUGCAUCUGCUGCAUUCCUACUGAAAAACAUUGCCGAACAACACAGAGAAAAAGAAAAAGAUGUAUCCUCAUCUGUCAAGUCAUUGAGUAAUGACUGCCCACUGAUUACAGGAAAGCAGAAUGCAUUCAGUUUUGCAGACUUGGCAGAGUCUUCACAUGGUACCUUUCAAUUUGGCCAGAAGGAUCCUAGUUUUAAAGGCUUUGAAGGAGCUGGAGAGCAACUUUUUACCUCAUUUCUGCAAAACCAAAAAGCAGAAACCUCUGUUGAUCAUGAAGAGGAAGAUAUGUAUAAAACUGAAGAAAAUGACGAUAUUCAGUUUGAACCUGUGGUUAAGAUGCCUGAGAAAGUUGACCUUGUUACGGGGGAAGAGGAUGAGGAAUGUCUGUACACAGUACGUGUUAAGCUUUUCAGGUUCGAUAAUGAAACUCAUCAGUGGAAAGAACGAGGGGUCGGAAACCUAAAAUUUCUUAAAAAUAAUCAAAAUGGAAGGCUUCGAGUUCUAAUGAGGCGAGAGCAAGUGCUGAAGGUGUGUGCUAAUCACUGGAUCACUACUACAAUGAACUUGAAGCCCCUUUCUGGCUCGGAUCGUGCCUGGGUAUGGUUAGCAAAUGACUCUUCAGAUGGAGAUCCCAAGUUGGAACAGUUGGCUGCUAAGUUUAAAACCCCAGAACUUGCAGAAGAGUUUAAGCGAAAGUUUGAGGAGUAUCAACGGCUCCUUUUGGACAUUCCUUUACAGACUCCUCAUAAGCUGACUAAUUCAGACCGAACAGCAAAUCUCAUACAGAAAGCCGAGGAAAUGAAAUAUGGUCUUAUGGACCUCAAAUCAUUCUUGACUUAUGACGGAACGAAAGGCAAGAAUGAGGAAAGCAGUGUUACAACAGCAAACAAUAGCUCAGCACUCAAACCCACCUUGGAAUGGGAUAAUUAUGAUUUGCAAGAUGAUGUUCAUGAUGACAGUGCUGACACGUCUAUAUAUGCUUCUCCACUAGCAAGCAGCCCGUUGCAAAAAAAUUUGUUCCGUUUCGGAGAACCAUCUACUAGGUUUAGUUUCAGCUUCCAGCCUAUUCCUAGUCCAUCGAAAUCCCCAGCUAAGCUGAAUCAAAGUGUGGCAUCUGUGGGAACGGACGAUGAACAAGAAGUCAGUCAAGAAGAGGAAAGAGAUGGCCAGUACUUUGAACCAGUCGUACCAAUGCCUGACGUGGUUGAGCUUUUAAAUGGAGAAGAGAAUGAGCAGGUAGUGUUCAGUCACCGAGCAAAGCUGUAUCGCUAUGAUAAAGAGCUCAGCCAGUGGAAAGAAAGGGGAAUAGGGGACAUCAAAAUUUUGCAAAACUUUGAUACAAAGCGCACCAGGCUUGUGAUGAGACGUGACCAGGUUCUUAAAUUAUGUGCCAACCACUGGAUAACCUCAGAUAUGAAACUUGAUCUGAUGAAAGGAACAGAAAAGGCAUGGAUCUGGAGUGCUUUUGACUUUGCUGAAGGAGAAGGAAAAGUUGAACAGUUGGCUGUGCGCUUUAAAUUGACAGAGACUGCAAAUUCUUUUAAAGAAUUUUUUGAGCAAGCCAAAGAUGCCCAGGAAAAGCAAGUCCUUCUUGUGCCUGCUUCUCCUAGAGAAAUCUUGACCUCCCCCAGGUCCCAGUGUGGUAAAGCUGCAAUUGCGGUGCUUGAAGAAACGACUACAGAAAAGACUGAACAACCUUCUGAAAGCAGUAAUGAACCUACAGUGUCUCUCAGUCCACACAGCACGGCGAAAACAGUGGUCUCUCCCCCCAAGUUUGUCUUUGGGACAGAUUCUGUGCAGAAAAUAUUUGGAAGCCCAGUGUCCUCUAAACAGAUGCCUAGUCCAGCUGCAAGUCCUGAGGAUCAGGCAUCAGGCAGUGCUUCAAGCUCCAGAGCAGCUGAAAGACAGACAGUAACUCCAUUCAAAUUGCCAGAAAGAGGCUUGGAUUUUAGGCUUUUUAAAGAUAACCCUAUGGCUUUUUGGGCGUGUACAUCAGCUACCCAGUUUGAACCUCAAGUUUCUUCUAAGACCCAUGAGGAUGUAAGGAGUGCUGCCGACAGUGGUGACUCUGAUAUUGAAAUUGUGUUUGAACAACAGCCAACUAAGGAGCAGGCAGAACUCGCACGAAAGCUAAUGCUGCCCCCAACCUUUUUUAUGUACAAAAAUAAACCAGGAUAUGUGAGUGAUGAUAGCGAUGAUGAAGAUUAUGAGACGGCUGUAAGAAAUCUGAAGGGAAAUCUGUAUCCUGAUUCUGCCACACCCGGCCCUGCUCAAGCUAGUAGAGAUGCAGAGGAGUGUGUGCUUGUGUGGGAGAAAAAACCAACACUGGAGGAGGAGAGAAAGGCCAAGAGUCUUCAGCUGCCUCUUACCUUCUUCUGUGAUGGUAGUGCUGAUGUAGACUCUGAGCCUGACAGGCCAGAGGACUUUGGAACAGAGCUACAAAAGGUCCAGCAAGCUCAGAGUGAAGCAAGGGAAAGAGAAAUCGGGCAAGAGAAAACCAGCGAGAUCUGCUCUGAACAGCCCGAUACAGCUGAUAAUGGUCGUCCCAUUGACCUGUCUACAAAGAUCCAGGACACUGAAACGCUAACCGACUCAAAUACCACUCAAGACGCCCAUUCAGCUUUCAGAUUUGAUUCUCAAAGUACAUUUACAUUUGCAGACUUGGCAAAGAAUUCUGGGGAAUUUGUCUUUGGAAAAAAAGACUCCAAUUUCUCCUGGGCCAAUGCUGGGACACCACUCUUUAGCACCACUGCAACAGCUCCUCAAAAUGAGGAAGAUGAUGAGAGAAGCGACGAAGAUGUUUCUAACAAUGACAUUCAUUUUGAGCCCAUUGUUUCAUUACCUGAGGUGGAGGUGAAGUCUGGUGAAGAAGAGGAGGAAAUUCUUUUCAAGCAGAGGGCAAAACUGUACAGAUUCGAUCGUGAUUUGAGCCAAUGGAAAGAGCGUGGAGUUGGUGAUCUGAAGAUCCUCUUCCACCCAGUGAAAAAGUACUACCGUGUCCUGAUGAGGCGUGAACAGGUUUUAAAAGUUUGCGCUAACCACACCAUCACCGCGGAUAUCGAGCUAAAACCCAUGAACGCCUCUGCUAACGCAAUGGUUUGGACGGCUAACGACUAUGCAGAGGGUAAUGCCAAGGUGGAGCAGCUUGCUGCCAAGUUUAAGACACCUGAAGUCGCAGAAUCCUUCAGAAAAACCUUUACAGAUUGUCAAAGGUGCAUAUCCCAAGUGGACACAGCCCAGUCUUCUAAAGUCAAGGAACAUUCUAAAGCAGGCAACCCAGUAGUAUAUCUCACUAUAGCUGCUGACAAUGAGCUAAUCGGCAAGAUCACAAUAGAGCUUUUUGCCAACAUCGUCCCAAGAACUGCAGAAAAUUUCAGAGCUUUGUGCACUGGAGAGAAAGGAUUUGGCUACCGGAAUUCCAUAUUCCACAGGAUCAUCCCUGAUUUCAUGUGUCAGGGUGGUGAUAUUACUAAUCAUGAUGGUACGGGGGGAAAGAGUAUCUACGGUGACAAGUUUGAGGACGAGAGCUUUGAGUUUCUACAUACAGUACCAGGUAUAUUGUCCAUGGCCAAUCGUGGCAAAAACACAAACAACUCUCAGUUUUUCAUCACGUUAAAAAAAACUGAGCAUUUGGACUACAAACAUGUUGUUUUUGGCAUCGUCAAAGACGGCAUGGACGUGGUGGAGCAAAUGGGACAGCUGGGCUCCAAGAAAGGUGAAACAAGCAAAAAGAUAACAAUUGAAGACUGUGGAGAGCUGUAGAUCUAUUCUUUAUUCUUUAAGUAUAUGGUUUUUUGUUUGUUUGUUUGUUUGUUUGUUUGUUUGUUUGUUUGUUUGUUUUUUUUGUGGAGUAAUGAAUGUCUCAUUAUUAGAAAUGUGACCAAGGCAUGACCAAAGGUCAGAAGAGUUUUGUUUUGUUUUGUUUUGUUUUGUUUUUUUUCCCCAAUACGUUAAUACAGCACUAAUGAUGGAAUAGACCUUCCUAAAGAUAUGAGAAGGGUGGUCAGGCACUUCAUACAGAGAAUAGCCAGUGACUGGAUUGAUGUGUUUUCCGAUGUGUUGGAUAGGCAUUUGUUUAAACCAGCUGUUAUGAAAAUGAUGCUAAAUGAUUAGACUUAAUAUCCUGACUUCCUGCUGUUUUUUUCCAAGCAAACUGCAGGGGAUUCAUUGGGCUGUGUGGUGAAAGCCCUAGCACUGCAGAUUUGAUUAAUUUACACAGAUGAAUUAAGCAGCAACAAAUCUGGAUAAUCUUAAACAGUACAUUUUGUGUGUUUUUACUCUGUAUAGAUUUCUGGAAAUUCGGCUUUUUACAGCAUUGUGAAUUCAACAUUUUCUGCUUUUUGCCAAUAUUAAAGGUUGAACACUGA